GGCGAGCAGCUGUUCGUACACAGAUACAAACAAACACAAAAGAAACGGGAGCAACACAAGCAAGCGAGCUUGUGACACAACUCACGAACGCACGCACGCACGCACGCAACGCACGCCUGCAGCAGCUGAUUGGAGCAACGGCGAUCGAUAGCGGGUGCUUCGCCCGAGACCUCUGCUGGCCAUCUUCCGGACUACGUUUGGAACGUUAUCUUCUGGGACGCUUGAGAUCGUUGCCGUAGUGUCCUUGAGCUGGGUUCAAAGAAAACGUGGCUUCCGGAGCGCGACCGCUCGGAUUCAUCGAGCAAGAGUGACCGUUAAACGGGCCCCAGUGCCGGUGUAGGUCGACGAAGAAAGCACUUCACGCCCGGCUGCAUAAAACGUGACGCGCCGAGCUGUAACGAGUGAGGUGCUUCAGAGCGAGUUCGUUCGUGCUGAUUGCGCCUUUAUUGAGCGAAAUUUAUUCCAUCACGCAAAGGUUCGCGAGUGGCGCAGUCCCGCAGUGCCUAGCGACUGGCGUGGUGUCCAUUUUGAGUUGAUGUACCGCAAAAGUACCACCAAUUCGUAACCGAUCGUCAAUUAGGCAAGGUCAGGUUGGUUAGCAACGUUCGCCAAGAGCUUGUGACAACCAAAUAAGGCGUUCUUCGGGGCAAGUGAACAAUUUCCGCCGCCGACGACCCCGUUAGAGUGUUGCCAACGGGAGCCAACGGGGUCGGAAUCUUUGGUCGGUUGAUCCACUCUCAAAAUAGAACACCGCAGGAUGGCCACGGUGACUGACCGGCGGCGACGGGCGGCGGUGUCAACAACAAGUGGGCUGCUGCUGCUGCUGCUGCUGCUGCUCGGUGCCCCGACCGACCGGUUGGCAGACGCGGCCAAGAUACUGGCAAUCUUCCCGGUGCCCCUGAAGCAGCACCAGCUCGUCUACCGGCCACUGCUCGAGGAGCUAGCACAGCGAGGCCACGACAUUGUGCUGGUCACAACGGAUCCCAUGGAUCCACAGCAUCGGCCCGAUCGAAUCGAGCAGAUCGAUCUCAGCUUCGCCUACCGGCUGCCGGUGCUGGAGCAGCUCAACGUGGACGGGCUGGACGGGCGCGAUAUGCUGCGCAAAGUGUUCGAUGUGAUGCGCACGAUCUCGGCCGAGGAACUGCAGCAUCCCGCCGUGCAGAAGCUGAUCCAGUCGGCCAGCCAGGAUGACGGAGUGGCCAAGUGUUCCCGGUUCGAUGUCGUCAUCGUGGAGUGGUCGGGCGUGACGCUGAUGAAUGCGUUCGCCGAACACUUUCGCGCGCCCCUGGUGGGAAUCGCAAACGGCGGAGCCUACAUCAAUGCACACGAGGCCCUGGGCAACCCGAACCACCCGAUCGGCUAUCCGAGCAUCUUCAUGCCGUUCAGCGAGGAUCUCAGCCUGCUGCAGCGCAUUUCGAGCGUACUGUUCACCGUUUGGUACAGGUUCUAUUACUACACCGAGGAGAUCCCGGCGCAGAAUGCGAUCGCGAAGGGUGCCUUCGGCGAAUCCAUCUCCGAUCUGUGGCAGAUCGAACAGAACGCCGAUCUGCUGCUGAUCAACUCCUACCAGCUGCUCGGUAACGUGCGUCCGGUCGGACCGACUACCGUGUAUCUCGGUGGCAUCCACCAGCGGCCCACCAGCGGCGGCGAUGGAUCGAUGCUGCCGGCCGAUCUGGAACUCUUCCUCGCCCAGUGCGACGAACCGGUCGUGUACGUGAACAUUGCGGCGCACUCCGGCCGGGCGCGGAUCGAAAAGAUCGUCAAGACGCUCGAGCAGCUCGAGGUGGCCAGCGUGUGGUCGCUGAACGAGGCUAGCGGGGUCAUCAAUACCUCCGCCCGGAUCUACCAAUCGUUUAGCGUGCCCCAGGAGGAGGUUCUCGCUCAUCCUAAAGUGCGUCUGUUCAUAACGGACGGGGGCCAGAUGAACAUCGAGGACGCCAUCCAGCAUCGGGUGCCGGUGGUUGGCAUCAGCUUCUCGACUUCGUACGAGCACUAUUUGCUUCAGAUUGCCAAGUACGAGGCCGGCAUCGUGUCGCUCAUCGACUUCGAAACCCAAGCCACCUUCAUGGACAAGCUGCGGGAGGUGUUCACUGUGGAAAGAUAUCAGGAAAACGUUAAUAAACUCCAGCGUUUGCUCAACGAUCAACCGCAAACGUCGAUGGAGCGCGCCGUCUGGUGGAUCGAGUAUGUAGCUCGCAACGGUGGCGCUCAGCCGCUAAGAGGGCGCCACCUGACAUGGUUCGAGUCUCUGAUGAUAGAUGUGCUGCUGGCGGUCGGUGUCUCCGCUAGUCUCGCCGGUUUAGCAAUUGGCUACGUAAUCUAUCGAGCAGUUCACUAUUCGAAAAGUUUACCCACGGAAAUGGUGACCCGCGGAAGCCGCAAAUGUAAAAUGCUGUAGGAGUUAGCGAAGAAGGCAAUAGGAAUGGGGUUGACCCCAGGGGUUGCCUACUCUAAACUCAGUUUGCCACUUUACCGGGCUCUAGUCUCUGCGGGCGGACUAAAACGGGCCCAACCUCACACACACAAAAAACACUCACACUCUGAACGUGUCUGAAAGUCUGAAACGAUCUACUAUUUGUGACGGGCUUAGCGAGAAGCGGUUAGCAACGAUCGAUCGUGUGCCUCUCAAGAGUGCGUGCGAACGAGUCUUUGAAUGGAGCCUUUAGACUGCGAACCACCUCAAGCUGAACCCAGGAAAGCGGAGCUAUUGUUUAUUGCCUAAGUAUGUUGUGAUAUUACCGAUGUAAGAUUUGUCGUUGAGCGAAUGAGCGAAUGAUCAAUAAAGUGACCACAUUUCUGACAAU